AAGUGCCGAGGAAUGCAGGCGAUUGAAGAGAGACUACUCCAUGACUCUGAUCGUCUGGGGGGAGCGCAUCUUUCAAUGCUCGUACACUGACAGACACGUUGACAGCCGUUGACAGCUAACCUCGGAGUUCCUCUCCGUGCGUCAUUAAUUAUCAAUUAGCGGAUACCGAAACGAAGAUUUCCCGUACCUGCCAAAGAGAAAUAAUGAGGAUUAAAACGUCGGAGGACGAUCGUGGUCGUAGAACAUAACCUCUCGCGCACCGAUGACCGUGCGCUCUCAGCGUGGCGACAGGAUUACCGUAAGGUCGAACGGCACUAAUUGACAUUCGGUUACACACAGACAUGAUUAAGGCGAUCCUGGUCUUUAAUAAUCAUGGGAAACCUCGUCUUUCCAAGUUCUAUCAGUACUUCAACGAGGAUAUGCAGCAGCAGAUAAUAAAAGAGACAUUUCAGCUUGUUUCGAAGAGAGACGACAACGUGUGCAAUUUCCUGGAGGGCGGCAGCCUGAUCGGCGGCUCCGACUACAAGCUGAUCUACCGACACUACGCGACCCUCUACUUCGUGUUCUGCGUCGACAGCUCGGAGUCGGAGCUGGGGAUCCUGGAUCUGAUACAGGUCUUCGUCGAGACCCUGGACAAAUGCUUCGAGAACGUGUGCGAGCUCGAUCUCAUUUUUCAUGUGGACAAAGUCCACUACAUACUCAAUGAGCUGGUGAUGGGCGGUAUGGUCCUCGAGACCAACAUGACUGAGAUCCUUACGAGGAUCGAGGAUCAGAAUAAAUUGGAAAAGCAAGAGGCGGGAAUCGCAGCAGCGCCCGCGCGUGCUGUCUCGGCCGUGAAGAACAUGAAUAUACCGCAACAAAUAAAGGAUAUGAAGCUGCCUGACUUGCCGCAAGCCAUAAAAGAUCUCAAAUUCUGACCAGCCGUCACCUCGUUGGCACCCAGCUGACUGGUCUCCUCUGUCAUCCCGAGCGUAACCGACGCCGCCGUCGCACCGAGGACACUUUUUCCCUCCCUUCAAGCAAGCGAGAACGCACCAAUGCUGCCUGCCACCUCCGCGUAUAUCCCGUCUCAGCGAUAUCAGAGUACGAUACCAAGACCACGGAUGAACCACUAUCUCUUUUGAAUUCACGGCAAUUCCUCCGGCAGGGAAGUACGAGAGCUACGAGGAAAACAAAAAAAAAACCAAUUUCGAGAAAUUUCUAAACGAGAACAGAAAUUGAACAAGACGAGAGAGAGAGAGAGAGAGAGGAUGUUUCGUAGAUUUUUUAUAUGUGUAUAAUAGGAGAAUAUAUUAAAAACGAGAUAUCAGGUCGACGAAUUCAGCUAAUAGUAUUGGCAACUUUUCGAUUGUCCAGUCUAGUAGUCUAGCUCCGCGUUUCGUUACAUGUAAGAAAGACAUGUCCACAGUCAUUCACUGGAAACCAUUAAUGUUAUAAUAAAGAUAUAUUUAAUAAAUAAAAUAGCAUUAUUGCAAA